AUGAAAGGCAAAACAAAAGUUAUUUUAGAAUGGAAAGGCUGGCUAGACCAGCUUGAUAGCUUCCAAGAAGGAAGAGUAGCCACAGCAACAAGACAGAAGGUAGCGACUCAACUGGUUUAUUUGUCAGAUGAUGAAGAGACAAACUCCACUCUUACUGCCUCUAUGCAAGUACAUUCAAACCAGAUGACCGUUAUUGAGACCACGGAACACAUAAAUGCUUCGGCAUUAAGGAAUAAAUUCAUAAAUGAACAAAGUACUUUAUGUUUAGUUCAUUCUGGAUCGCAAAUGCGAUUCCAUUUGAACUUGCCUGAAAAGGUUAACAUUUUGGAUAAAGGCUUGAUGAAAGGUCGCAUGCUGCAGAAACAAUCCCCAAACAGACAGAAGGAGAAGGGGACAGUCCAGUUCAGCAGCACUGCUUCCACCACUCCAUCAGUGGUUGAUGUAUCCACACCCAGAUGUGGUAGGCCAUGGGGUUGUGGAACUGGCUUAGUCAUGAGGAAAGCUCCUGCAGCAGACAUUGCUCAGAUUCAGUUAUUUUCGGUAUCAGACCCAUCAAGACAAAAUAUAGUCUCUGAUUUCAUUAACGUGCAAACAACACAACCAACACAACCCCUCCUAAACACCCCUUCCAGUACACCUUCGCCGCUUCCCUUUUCUUGCCUUCCUGGUCCCGACGGCUGGCCUCUGCUAGGAAAUCUAGUGUCAAUCAUUUGGAAAGGUGGACUGAAACAGCAGCAUAGGAUAAUGUGUGAAUAUCAUAAAACGUAUGGCAACAUCUUCAAGCUAAAGAUGGGGUCCUUCGUGUCCGCCCACAUUGGAGAUCCGGUGUUGCUGGAGUCUUUCUAUAGAAAUGAAAGUGUCUACCCUAAAAGGCUUGAUCUAAAACCAUGGAAAGUGUACCUAGAUUUCAGAAACGAAUCCUACGGUCUCCUUACACUGGAGGGAGAAACCUGGCAAAAAGUGAGAAGUGCAUUGCAGCCAGGUCUUAUGAAGCCCAAUGAAGUUGCCAAGUUUGAUGACAAAAUCAACGAGGUUUUAGAAGAAUUUAUUGCAAGACUCGGAGUAACAAUUGAUGAAAAUGGGAUUGUAGAAGACUUGCCCUUAGAGCUUAACAAGUGGUCAUUUGAAACAAUCUCCAUGAUACUUUACAACAAGAAAUUUGGACUCCUGCAUAAGUCGUUUGAUGAUGAAGUGUCAACUUUUAUUAAUGCUGCAAAAAAUGUAUCAGAAUGCUUGGGACCCUUAAUGGUAACACCUGUCAGUCUUCACAAACAGCUGAAUACAAAACCCUGGAGAGAGCAUACAAAAGCCUGGGAUCAUAUAUUUAAAAUGGUAAAGCACUGCAUCAAUGAAAGACUCGAUAAACUACAGAAGACAAAAGAUGAUUUGUUAACUUUGAUAAACGAAGAGGAUAAACUGAGCAGAAAACAACUAUAUACUUCUUUUGGUGAACUUCAUAUCGGAGGUGUAGAAACAACUGCAAAUACUUUGUUGUGGGCCCUUUUUAAUCUUUCCCGUAAUCAGAAUGUGCAAGAAAAACUCAACAAGGAGAUACAGUCUGUUAUACCAUGUGGCCAAGGCGCUACUGCUGAAAUGGUCAGAAAAAUGCCAUACCUUAAGGCAUGCUUGAAGGAGUCAUUAAGACUUACCCCAACAGUUCCAUUCACAAGUCGUACCCUGGAUAAGGAAACUGUUGUUGGAGGGUAUUUGAUUCCUGAGAAAACUAUUAUUAUGAUUAACUUUCAUCCAAUGCACUGGAAUGAAGACAUAUUUUCUGAUGCAAAAAAAUUCAAACCUGAGAGAUGGCUAGAGGAAAAACACAAAAUAAAUCCUUUUGCCUUUCUGCCUUUUGGCUUUGGAAAAAGAAUUUGCAUUGGUCGACGUCUAGCAGAGUUACAGCUGCAUUUGGCACUUUGCUGGGACCACCCAGGACCAUGUGCCCAUGGCCUGCCACAUUCUGGUAUGGACAGCGCACUUCCCUCUGUAGAACUGGAGGUACUGCCACUAUGGAUCCAUGACUGUGCACGGGCACAAGCAGCAGAUGGUGUUGCUGACCUACAUCCACAUUUCCAAUACCCUACUCCAACCAGAUUUUCCAGCACAGACAAUGUGCAGGCAAAGACAGACUCUAUCACAGCCCACCAUCUGUCCUCUACAUCAGUGAAACCAUCCAUCAAUGCAGUGGAGUCAGUCACGGAUGUCAGACUUAACCUUGAAUAUCAGUCUGGUGUUGCAUUCGGUACAUGCCUGUGCCUCCGUGAUGGCCUGGAAGAUGCAGUCACUGACCCAUGUUGUGACACCUGUGACAGGAGGUGGAUGGGCAGCAGUCCUCCUUUGAGCAUCCCUGUCAAUCUUCCUCUGUGGGACUUCACCAGCUGUCUGGCUAGGGCCAGUGUCUACAUUCACUGA